AUUAUAAAACUUUCAUUUUAAGAAAAUUUUGAUGAUUUAAAGUUUUACCUUCUCUUUUUAUAGCCAAUUCUGAUAUGAACAGAAAAACCAAGAACAGGGCUAUGUGUGGAUUACAUUUUUCUCUGCCUUGUCUAUAACUGUCUCUACUUGUUACCUAUUGUCUUGUAUUAUUAUUAUUUCAUAAAGAGAUACUUGGAUGUCCAUCUGUUUGCCAGCUCUGCACUGGGAGACAAAUUAACUGCCAUAACUUAGGCCUUUCAAGUAUUCCUAAGAAGUAUCCUCAAAGUACAGUUUUUCUGUAUUUGAUUGGAAAUAAUAUAGCUCAUAUAUGUGAAAGUGAAUUAAUAGGCCUUCAUUCUCUUGUAGCAUUAUAUUUGGAUAAUAGUAGCAUUGUGUAUGCAUAUCCAAAAGCCUUCGUUCAUUUGCAGCAUCUAUAUUUUUUGUAUAAUAAUUUUAUGAGGUGCUUGGAUCCUGCAAUAUUGAAGGGGCUUUCCAGUCUUUGUAAUUUAUAUUUACAGUCUAAUCAAAUAUCUUUUGUUCCAAGAGAAGUAUUUAAUGAUCUAGUUUCAGUUCAGUACUUAAAUCUACAAAGAAAUCACCUCACUGUCCUCAGGAGUGGUACCUUUGUUGGUAUGAUUGCUCUUCGGAUAUUUGAUUUAUCAAACAAUAAAAUUUUGAGAAUAUCAGACGCAGGCUUUCAAUAUCUUGGAAAUCUGGAUUGUUUGUAUCUAGAAGGUAAUAACUUAACAAAAGUACCAUCAAAUGCUUUUGAAGUACUUAAGAGUCUUAAAAGACUUUCUUUGUCUCAUAACCAUAUUGAAGCAGUACAGCCCUUUGCAUUUAAAGCACUUAUCCGCUUAGAAUAUCUCCUCCUGAAAAAUUCAAUAAUUAAAAAUGUUAUUAGGGAUGGGUUUAGUGGAAUUAAUAAUCUUAAACAUUUUCUCUUAAGCCAUAAUGAUUUAGAAAUAAAGUCUGACACAUUUAGCUUAAAGAAUUUAAUUUACCUUAAGUUAGCUAGAAACAGAAUAAUCAGCAUUGAUAGUGAUACAUUUGAAAACAUGGAAGCAUCUUUGAAGAUCCUUAAUCUGUCAUUUAAUAAUAUUACAGACUUACAUCCAAGGGUCCUUAAGCCAUUGUCUUCAUUGACUCAUCUUCAGGCAAAUUCUAAUCCUUGGGAAUGUUACUGCAAACUAUUGGGCCUUCGUGACUGGCUAGCAUCUUCAGCCAUUACCUUAAACAUCUAUUGUCAGAAUCCCCCAUCCAUGCAUGGCAGAGCAUUGCAUCAUAUUAAGUGGACUGACUUUACAAAUUGUGUUACGUCUUCGACAAAUGUAUCCAGAGCUUGGGCUGUACAGUUUCAUCAGAUUCAUCACGAGAUCACUGCGCUAAUGAUGGCCUGGCAUACAGUAACCACAGAUGGGAAACAUUUGGAAAAUACUGAGAGCGUUACUUUCUUGGAACAAAUUCCUGCUUCACCUACCAGUAGAGUUUUUCAAGAGAAUACCUUUGGUAAUCUACUAGAGACUACUGCAGUGCUACCUGUGCAAAUACAGCUUACUUCUUCUGUUAACUUGAACUUGGAAAGGAACAGCACUCUACUGACUAAUGCUACUUCAGUGUCAGGGAAAACAUCUCUAAUUUGUACACAAGAAGUUGAAAAGUUAAAUGAGGCUUUUGACAUUUUGUUAGCUUUUUUCAUCUUAGCUUGUGUUUUAAUCAUUUUUUUGAUCUACAAACUUAUUCAAUUUAAACAAAAUCAAAAGACACCAGAAAACUCAGGGGAAAACAGACUUGAAUACUACAGCUUUUAUCAAUCAGCAAGGUAUAAUGUAACUGCCUCAAUUUGUAACACUCGCCCAAAUUCUCUUGAAAGCUCUGGUUUGGAGCAGGUUCGACUUCACAAACAAAUUGUUCCUGAAAGUGAGUCACAGGUCAUUCUCUUUGAACAUUCUGCUUUAUAA